AUGGAACGGCCAACGACACCUAACGAAGAAUCAGGAGGGGGAAAGUAUGGGGUUGAGUUCUCGUUCUCCCUCGAUGCUCCAGAUAACACAAGGGCUUCAACAUUUUGCAGGGAUUCUCUGAUUCAGUCCGAAGAACUCCUACACCGGAUUCCAUCUUCCACAGAAGCAGAAGAUCGACCCAGAUUGGGCCAGCCAUCGGUUCUCGACAACCAUUUCCCAUCACCCAGCAUCCCACCUCCAGGGACAGGGGAGAGAUCCGUCUGGGGAAAGAUAAUCCAUAACCAUGACGAUUAUCCGGACUCCCCUCAAAUAGCCUCUGAUUCUGGGUACUCGGACCAUAUCUCUGUCGAAGACCGGGACCGUUAUUCCCCCACGCCAGGCCAUCCGCAACCACCGAUCACUGCCAAAAAGAUCGCCAACUGGAUGAGGAGCUCAUAUAUAACAUCUGCCCAAGACCAACACGACUUCCUACCUUGCGAAAAACUGCGCGAAAUCAUCAGCCCAGAUGUACUUCGCACGCUCUUCCGGGGAACGUUCGACUACAAUGACGCGGCAAUAGAGGUCUUGAUAAGUAAAGUUCUUAGUCAACAAAACACACUGGGAAAUCAGCCUCAGCCCUCACGGCACAAAAUCAUUGCGAUCCUUGUCUUAAUGGACAAGAUAGCCCUCAUUGAGGGUUUCAUACGAGGAGAUAUCAAGGACGAUGACCUACCACUAAAGAUCAAGAGAACCAAAGUCGAGAACUUCGAAGUCACGGUGCAACUUUGCAAGAAGUGGGAAACCGACCCUUCAGACGGUUCCAAGUCUGUCGAGCAUCUAGAGUCUCUGGAGUGCCUGGACUCUUGGUCUUUCAACGAUAUGGAAGACUUUGAGGCCCGACAGAAGACGAUAUGCACUCCCUUCUUCGAACUGCCGGGAGACAAACUUCGCUUUUACAACCUCAGAGACCGGCCUACACUUCCCUUUCUAGAAUAUGAUCAACCCCAGGUAGGCGGCUAUGGGAGCGUGAGGAAAGUCAGGAUUCAUCACACCCAUUACAGCCACAAAGAGGUCUGUAAGGUUUUGGAACUUCCCUUCGUUGUAGGGCCGAACUCUGACAGUGUUUUUCAGGUACAAGAAGGUGCCAGCAGACACUUCGCAGUCAAGGAGCUCCAUAGCGUCACGGAAGCAGCAUAUCGCGAAGAGAUAGAAUUAUUCGAGAAGAUUGGAGUGCGAGGCCCAGCCCAAGAUCCGAGGCAUUUACUCCAGCUCCAAUUCAGUUACCUACACGGCGACCACUACUUCCUCGUUUUCCCCUGGGCCGACGGAAACCUCCGAGAAUUUUGGCGGGAAAAUCACAGCUUCAAGCCCGGCAUUAGAGACCAUGUUCUUUGGUUCUUCAAACAAUGCAAAGGACUAGUGGGAGCUCUACACAAGAUACACCACUACACUAGCAUGUCGAUCCCCAAGGCGAACAUCAAAGCCAGGAUAGACGAUCUGAAACAAGGUAAGAAGCUCAAAGACUGGGGACGACACGGAGACAUCAAACCCGAGAACAUUCUUUGGUUUCAACAAUACGAAAACAUGACGGACUUCUUAGUGAUUUCCGACUUUGGGCUUACGAGGUUCAAUACCACAAAAUCGAGGUCAAAGGUGCCUCAAGAUGCCAUUGCUGGCUAUUCUGGCACAUAUAGACCCCCCGAACUUGAUCUCGGGACAUCUAUAUCGCCGAAAUAUGACAUAUGGUCCUUGGGGUGUGUUUUUCUUGAGUUCGUUUCUUGGUUCAUCCUGGGAGAUACCAAGACGCGGGGCGACUUUACAGAUCAACGCCUCCGAAGCGAGGAGAACACUAAUCUUAAAGAAGACAAGUUUUUCGUACUCGGUGAGGCCUCAGAUUCUAUCCGAUAUCGCGAAGCAAAGGUCAAACCUUCCGUCGUUAGUGUAAGCCUUCUAUUCAUUGCAUAA